AUGGCGACUCUCCAUGCUCUCAAGAAAGCCCUCAAAAAGGUUGGCGAUGAGGCGCCCCGGAAACCAUUGAACGAUAAAGAGUACGACGAUGGGCUCAGCCUCUUUGCCGAGGCCUCCGGUGAGCAGACGCACCAGGAGAAGGUCAUAAUUCCUCAACUGUCUGAACUGAUAACCUCCCUCUCGACGCGUGAUGAGAUCUCAGUCUUGGAGAUUGGCCCAGGCCCGGAAAGUGUUCUAGGGCGCCUGCCGAUGACUCUGAGGAAGAGGAUCACAAAAUACGUCGCACUAGAGCCAUCUUUUCAAUACACCCAAAGCCUACGAAGAUGGCUAUCGCCUAAGGAGAACGAGAGACCACUCCCCUCAUUGAACUAUUCGUUUAUUCGCCCAGCUCCCUUCAUAAAGGGGAGCUGCCCGGGCGAGAAGUACGACGUCAUUCUUUUCUGCCAUGGCUUGUAUGGACUGAAAAAUAAAAAGGAGAUCAUCAGACAUACUAUAGAGAUGCUGCCCGAAGAUCCGCUUGACGGUAUGGUCAUUACCUUUCACCGCGCUGGCUCUCUCAUUUUCGACAGCCUGGUCUGUCACCGUUCGCUGUCAUUUCCCAAUCGCGCUGUAGCUAUCAAAGACGAUGAUGGAGCCAUCGACAGUUUCACUCGCUUCAUCGUCGGAUACCGUUUGACAACCGGAGUAUUAUAUGAGACCCGCCAGGCUCAGUGGCGGACGAUCUGCCGUAGACUAGCGGGUCAUGACGACGAUCGCCCAGGCCAUCUUAUAUUUAGCUCACCUGAAAUCAUGACAGCAAUGACCCGACAUGCCAACAAGCUACCUGACUUGACCGCUCUUGUACCAUCACUACCCAGGCCCUACAAAGUCAAGAGUCGACAGGCGCUAUACAACAGACCUGCUGCUAUCGUUAGACCAUUGGAAAUCAGCCAGGUUCAGUCGUGUGUUCGAUGGGCACUGACCAACAGAACUAGCUUGGCGAUCCUGGGCGGUGGCCACAGUGAUCAUUGCCUUUGGCCUGGUGUAGUUUCCGUUGAUAUGAGUGCAUUCAACAAAGUCCACGUCGUCAAUCCACCCCAAGAUGUAGACACGGAAUGUUGGGUUGUCGCAGAAGCUGGGUGUAAGACGGGGGACAUCAUCCGUGAGACCAUGGCUGUGGGUGUGACACUACCUUUGGGCUCUCGGCCGAGUGUUGGUGCAGGGCUUUGGCUCCAAGGCGGCAUUGGACAUCUGGCCAGACACUGUGGCCUCGCCUGCGACGCUAUCGUCGGGGCUGUCAUGGUAGAUGUGGUCAGCGGUCAACUUCUCUGCAUCGGUUAUGUUCCUGAACAACAUCGACCUCCGAAUGCCGUUCGUCACGAACAGGACGAGGGACUAUUGUGGGCCUUGAAGGGAGCGGGAACGAACUUCGGUAUUGUCAUCAGCGUUACUUUCAAGUCUUAUACAGCUCAGGUGUUCUCAGUGCGUAAUUACGGUCAGCCAAAUGGCCAUGACGCUGAGAAGACACUGACAACCAAGAGUCGCGAGGUAUCCAGCCUGUAUCCUCACAAUAUCUCUUCAGACUUUUACCUGUACUGCGAAGGUGGACAGAUACGUUGUGGAAUGACCACUUUCUUAUGUUUCUUGGAGGGUGACAUUUCUACGGGACCGACUCCGAAAACGAUUGAUGCUAUUGAGCUUUUCGACAAGGAGAUGUACGUAUCCAAGAUGCAUGCAGGACAUGGGGGGAACAAGACCUCUGCCUUCAAACGAUGCGUUUUUCUGAAGGAAAUAGCCAACCCAUAUACCAUGAAGGUCUUGAUAAGUGCCACGAGGGAUGGUCCUACGCCCUACUGUUAUUUAAACCUUGUGCAUGGCGGCAAAGCCGUGAGGUAUGUUGCACCUGAAGAGACUGCUUUUGGUUGCAGAGACUGGGAUUUUGCUUGCGUCGUCACUGGUAUUUGGCCCAGAGAAUAUGAUGGAACACACACUGCUGACGCUGUUGUUCGCUGGGUCUACCGGGUUGUGAACGAGCUCCUGCCAAUGAGCAAAGGUGUCUAUGGUGCGGAUCUCGGCCCUGAUCCUCGAGAUAGUAUCUUGGCCACCAAAGCUUUCGGCCCCAAUCGCCGAAGGCUGGUUAAACUCAAGAAAGCAUUUGACCCUAAGAACAUCCUCGCGUACACUUGCCCUCUGACGCUUAUCGGCCUGCCACAGAAGCUCGUCAUUCUUGUCACCGGUGAGCACGGUGCUGGGAAGGACUAUUGUGCUGGUGUCUGGUCUGCCGUCUUCAAGGCACAUGGAUAUAGUAGUCGGGUGGUCAGUAUCAGCGAGGCAACCAAGAGAAAAUAUGCAGCAGCAAAAGGUGCUGAUCCUGACCGUCUUAUUAAUGAUCGACUCUACAAAGAACAGCACCGGAAGUCUCUUACUGAUUUCUACAAGACUCAACUGAAGGGAGAGAGUUUUGCGGCAGAAAAGCACUUUAUCGAAUUGCUGAAAGAAGAUGGUUCGGAUGCGCUGUUUAUUACUGGUAUGACGGAAACGGCUCCUUGUGCAACGUUAUCACACCUUGUUCAUGAUGCCAGGCUGAUCGACGUCCGGGUCCAGGCUAGUAAGGCUACGCGAAAAUUGCGAAGAUGGGGAGAUGGAAGCAAAUGUCAAACGCCAGACAGUGAAGAAUACAUGUCUGCAGACGACAUCUACUUACCAAGCUUUACCUUUGAGAACGAAACAAAUGGAGAUGAAGCGGUGAUGUGGUUUGCCAACCAACGUCUCAUUCCUUUCAUGAGCAAAGAGCUUCAGAAUCUGGCUGGCAUGGUGCCAAAAGUACCGAAGUUUCCACGCAAGGGUAUCGACUUUCGCUACGUGCUGAAUAUUGCCUAA